CUUCUACCUGAACUCCCUUCUUUACCCACGCCUUAUGCGUUUCUAUUCUUUUCUUUUCUUUAUCCUUUAUCAGUACUUUUUUUCGAUUUAAUAUAAAAUAAUUUAUUGUGUGGCUACUGAUUUAUAUGGUAAUGCUGUUAUAUUUGCAUACAUGUUUCUAACGUGCACUCUUUUUUAUACCAUUAAAGUUCUUUAUCACCCAUUGGUGACUGAUAUUUUCUUUUGUUCUUCAUCUUUUAUCUUAUUUUAUCCUCCAUGGAGUCGGCAGUUUCUGGGAUUUUUUGGUCUUUUGAAGAAUUUUGCUGGUUCUUGAUCAUCACGAUUUUGUUAAUCUUUUUGAUCCUCUACUUUGCAAGACAGAGGGUCUGGUGCAAGUGUGAAACUUGUCAAUCUUACAUGAAAUCAAGCUGGAAAAGCCAGUUUGAUAAUCUGUGUGAUUGGUAUACUUAUCUUCUUAAAAAAUCUCCUACUCAGACUAUUCAUAUUCAUGUUCUUGAUAAUACUAUUACUGCAAAUCCUGUUAAUGUUGAAUAUAUGCUCAAAACAAGGUUUGAUAAUUUUCCAAAAGGGAAACCCUUUUCUGCAAUCUUGGGUGACUUUCUCGGCCGGGGCAUAUUCAACGUGGAUGGAGAUUUAUGGAGGUUUCAGAGAAAAAUGGCAAGUCUUGAGCUUGGUCGAACAUCAAUAAGAUCAUAUGCUUUCGAAGUUGUUCAUCAUGAGAUUGAUCAACGGCUGGUACCUCUUUUAGAAUCUGUAAAAGGGAAAAAAGAUAUAUUUAUAGAUUUACAAGAUGUUUUUCGACGAUUUUGUUUUGAUAGUAUUUGCAGAUUUUCAUUUGGUUUAGACCCUAAAUGUUUGGAAUUGACCUUACCUAUAUCAAAAUUUGCUGUUUCUUUCGACCUAGCAUCAAAACUGUCGGCUGAAAGAGCCAUGACUGUCUCUCCACUUAUUUGGAAGAUUAGACGGCUUUUAAACAUUGGAAAUGAGAAAAAGCUUCGAAAAUCAAUCAAGACGAUCAACAAAUUAGCCCAAGAGGUCAUAAAUCAAAGGCGAAAAUUCGGAUUUUCUAAUCAAGAAGAUCUCCUUUCAAGAUUCAUGACUUCUGUUAGUGAUGAAAUAUUUCUCAGGGAUAUUGUGGUUAGCUUCCUCUUGGCCGGCCGGGACACAGUGGCAUCUGUCUUGACGAGCUUUUUCUGGCUAAUGGCAAACCACCCAGAGGUGGAGGCCACCAUUCUAGUCGAGGCUGAUCGAGUUAUUGGGCAAAACAAGGGGAUUACUAGCUAUGAACAAAUGAAAGAACUUCAUUAUUUGCAUGCAGCAAUGUAUGAGAGCAUGAGAUUGUAUCCACCUAUACAAUUCGAUUCAAAAUUCUGCUUAGAGGACGAUGUUUUACCUGAUGGGACGCCGGUGAAGAAGGGGAGGAGGGUUACUUAUCAUCCAUAUGCAAUGGGCAGAAGUGAGGAGCUAUGGGGCACAGAUUGCUUAGAAUUCAAGCCAGAAAGAUGGCUAAAAGAUGGGGUUUUCUUUCAAGAAAACCCUUUUAAAUUCCCAGUUUUUCAAGCAGGAAUUAGGGUGUGUUUGGGGAAAGAAAUCGCACUUGUAGAACUCAAAAGUGUUGCACUUUCAUUGUUGAAACGUUUCCAUAUUGAAUUAGAACCUCCGCAAACCACUACUCCCCGGUUCUCCCCGGGAUUGACAGCCACCUUUCACGGCGGUUUACGGGUUCUGGUUCGAGCUCAAAGAGGCCCAAGCACCCUGAAAAAUGGCGACUCCGCCGUCAAAUAGGGCAGAAAUCAAGACUGGUUAAGAUUGCCAGUUGUGUACAGGGCAUCGUCGUUUAGCCUGUAUCUCAAGUUAAUACCCUGGGUUCUUUAUGUAGUACAGAUUGAUUGGCCUGUAGCUGCAGCUGCAGCUGCAGCUGCUGUUUGAAUGUAUAUACUAGCAUUAAUGCUUAUUAAAUCAUAUGGAAAUAAGUAUUCAUUGUAUCUGCAAUUUAGGGUUUUAAUUAAUCCUGAUAUUUCUCUUGUGGCUAUAUAUGCAUUUUAUAAGAAUCUUCUAA